AUGUACUCCGGAUCAUCGGAUAACCCGGCCCGGCGGAUCGAUCGAGCCACUCACCCCGGGCAGCAAGUGGUCAUCGCCUCAGCAGCAGCCCAGGAUGAACCACACCAUCCCAUUCCCAACACUCUCGUCCUUCAUCAUCUGGUCAAACGCAACCCAAGCCCAACGGGAAUCGACACUCUACUUCACCCAUCUCAGCCAGCCAGGACUGCCGCCAGAGAAGAGAGACAGACUGAUCGGACUGACCAAGGGCCUCGUCAACUUCACCGCCAUACUCUGCCACGGACUCAACCCAGCCGGACACCCCCAACCGAUCAGGGCGGUCCACUCAAAGAACCAGAAGAUCCUGUUCCUCCAACCCGAACCAAGCCUCUAUCUCGCUGCGAACAGGUCAUCAAGCUACCCGAGAAGCCAUGUCCAUCAAAAACCAUCUCAUCCAAGCUCUCCGACACCUUCAACAUCCUCAACCAGCAAUCCCCAUCAUCGAGCUACGAGCCGUCCGAAACCGUGCUUCUGAACUCCCUCUCCUCAGCCGCUCAGGAGUACCAUCUCCUCCAUGGUUCCAUCAACACACUGCUACUCAGUAAUCCUCAGCAAUUACGUGAACGUCUCGAGAAGUUUUGGUCGGUCUGGCUGUGGAGGUGGAACGUCGGUAAGACCGGGUGCGGCGCGAUCGAUUUCAAUGAACUCUUUGGCGGCUUACAGUCGCCCUUUUUGGAGUCACCCAAGAUGCCUCGAGCUCCGGUCGAUCUAUUCGCACGCUUUAUCAAUGAAAUCUGCCCCGGCUUCUCGGUGCUUCCGAUUCUCAUACACGAUCGAAAAGUGGUACACAUGCCAUCUCCGACGGGGCUGAUCAAACAAGAGGACAUCCAGAGCCUACUCCGAUAUCUAUUGAGUCUCUUGGAAGGAAGCGAGGCCAAGCGUGCUCAAGCGCGACCGGUAGCGCAAGUGAGCGUGGUGGACCAGGAGCAAAACGUAAUCAUGAAGCGACUGUCGGGCUUUGACUUUGGCACGCUGGCAACUUUUCAGCCGAAGCUGGUCUCGACGACCAGCUCGGCCAUCCAACCGGCGGGCGCCUGGGCCCGCAGGGCUCUCAAGUGGGCUUCUGCCUCGCUGGUCCUGCCCUCAUUCGAUAAUAUCGAAAACGAGUCCGAAUCCCUUGAUCAGCUCCUCCGCGCAGAUAUCGGCUUGGCCCCAAGGACUUCCCCGCCCCGGCUCGUCCGCAUCAAAUCCUCUCUUGCCGACCCCGAGAUUGUCACCGAGGCUAUCUCCAGCCCGACCCGGCUGGCCUCUCGAAGGUCCCGACAUUCCACUGCCUCCUCACAAACAAGGCCUGGCUAUCCGCACAACCUUCUUGCGAUCUAUCCUCCAGCCCAAACCUCCACAUCUAAUGCGUCACAUUACCCGAACAACCUGAAGAACUUGUACGGAAAUAUGGCAGUGAGCGAGUCGCCUGAGGGUGAAUCGGGGGUCCACAGUCUGCCGAUGGUAGCCCAAGAUUCAGCGAUGGGUUCGAAGGCAGCGUCAGUGGCGGACCCGGUAGCAGAGGAGAAGACAAUGGUCCCCUGCCCCUCCUCGAUCGGCCACUCCAAGCACAAUCCCCGCUCGCCGAGCUUCAAUGUGGAGUAUGCGCUGGCCGAUGCAAUGUCCGAGCAAAGUAUCGGCAGCCUCGCCGCUCUCGAGUUCAUCCGCGCUCACUCGUUCACCGAGUUCCCCCGGUCCGACACCUCCGGCCCCUCCCGGCCUCCAUCCUCACAUCAUCCCACCGACCCACCCGGCCGUCCGCACCAGCCUGUACCCCUGGAAGCUACCGCCCCCAAAGCUCCGCACGCUAGACGCGUGCUCGAUUCAUUUGUCCAAAGCAAAUGGCCCGAGGAAAGUCAAACGUCGGAGCAGCCAAGGACGCCCGAGCGUAAGACGACGAAGUUCCAGGCCUCGAUACGCAAAGUGUCGGGACAGCGGUUCAUGAUCAGAGAUGACCCCCGCUCGACAGGCCUGUUUAUCCAGCAAUCCGGGCCCCAGUCUGCUUGGUUAUCCAGGAAUGAGAUCUGGCCCGGUAAGAUUAUCCCGCCCUCGGAGGUCGAGGUCAACCUGGGUUUACUCCGGCUCUUGGAUGGCAAAGUCUUCGGACAGGUCGACGGCCUGCCGAACCAUCCCUCUCAUCCGGGAAUCAGUCUCUUCGAGGAGAGUUUUUUGAGGACGAAGUCUGGCCAAUGGAUCGUUUCCAAAAAGAUCCCUCAUCAUCGUCGGCACCAACAUAGCCAAGGCCAAGAACGACAGAGGAGCGAGGCGGGCGGAGAGAUGAUGGUGGGGACGACAGCUGCAUCCAGCUCGUCCACGAGAGAUCUGGCCGGAGGGUUCAUCGAGGCGUUCUUGGUCUUGCCUGCCGGAUUCGGCUCGCUCAUCGAGGCUGAUAACGAAAUGCGGCUCUUGGAGCGCCAAUCCGAGGUCCUCGACAUGACCAUCUUCUAG